AUGCCCUCCAAAACCAGCGGAGGAGCAGGAAGGGCAAAACCAUCAGGUGGUUCUGUCUCGAGAAGCUCUUCAUCUACCUCCUCCUCCAGAAGAGGUUCUCCUAGUGCAAGAAUUGCUUCAAGAAGAAGGACUGGAGGAGCUCCUGGUAAACCAUCCUCCUCCUCAAACAAAGGUUCCAUCAGUUUAGGAAGAAAAGGAAGAUCCUUAUCUCCUCAACAGAGAGCACAAGGAGCAUUGAAUCGAUUUGGAGCAGCCAAAAACAAGCUCAAUCAAUUGAACAACCUAAAGAAUCAAGCCUUACAAAAGAGACAACAAGCUUCUGACAUUUUAAAGAAAGCGAAAGAACAAGCCGGUGCAUGGACUGGAGGAGGUGAACCAAAUGGAGGAAGUGAACCACAAAAACCAGCUCAGGAACAAUCUCCUUCACAAGACUCAGCAGAGACUUCCAAUUCAGCCAACCCAAGUGCUGAGCCUCAACAAAGUGCAUCAUCAACAAUAACCACUCCAGAGCAAGCAAAAGGAGAGACCCAAAACCGACCUGUCGAACCAAAUAACGCUGGAACCUCAGAAGGAAAUACCCCACUGAGCUCUUCUGCACAAUCGUCAACAACAACGACCACAUCUUCUCAAGAGAAUGGAGGAUCAUCUUCCUCAAAUAACAGUGGAAAUACUCCAAUUUACAAUCAGGCAGCAACCUCUCAACCAUCACAACAAGGUUCUGAUCCUUAUAGCGUCGAUUUGGGAUCAUUUGAAUCUCAUCACUCAGCAGUGGUCAAGAAGGUUAGAAAAUUGAGAGGAGGAGGCAUCGAAUUGGUAAUCAAUGUCAAUGUCAAAUAA